CCCUGGAGGCCUGGCCUAGAGAGAGAGAGAGAGUGUGUGAGAGGGAGGCCUUUCCCUCAGCCGCGGCCUGCUCUUUCCUGAGGAGAAGGGAGAUGAGGAUUCUAUGGAGCCGCCUCUUGGGUGCAGUAAGGACACCAUUAGUAUAGGAAGAGAAGAAAUCAUUUCAAGGUGAUAACCUUGCUGAAUUCUUGACCUCACUUACAGAUAAGAAAGGAAAAAAGGAGAGCCAAGUAUCUGUGUUGCAAUUCAACACCCAUAUCACUAUUGACAUGAAGGAGAACGCUUCUGAAGACGUGGAGUGUGGAAAGUAUUUCACACAGAGGGAUCAUCUCCAGCACCAUGAAAAGAUUCAUACUGGUGAGGAGCAUAGACAUCAAAGAACUCACACGGGGGAGAAACCCUAUAAAUUCCUAGAGGUUGGACAGAGCUUCACUCAGAAUUCAGAUAAAUGUUCGCAGCAAAGGGUUGAAACUGGGGAGAAAUCCUAUACAUGCCUGGAGUGUGGACAGAACUUCCCUCACAGUUCAAGUCUACAUCGGCAUCAAAGGACUCACACUGGGGAGAAACCCUAUACAUGUCUAGAGUGUGGAAAAAGCUUCACUCAAAGUGGGAAUCUACAAUCACAUCAAAGGACUCACACUGGGGAGAAACCCUAUACUUGCCUGGAAUGUGGACAGAUCUUCACUCAUAGUGGAAAUCUACAUUCACAUCAAAGGACUCACACUGGGGAGAAACCCUAUACUUGCCUGGAAUGUGGACAGAGCUUCACUCAUAGUGGAAAUCUACAAAAACAUCAAAGGACUCACACUGGGGAGAAACCCUACAGUUGCCUGGAAUGUGGACAGAGCUUCACUCAACGUGGACAUCUACAUUCACAUCAAAGGGUUCACACCGGGGAGAAUCCCUAUACUUGCCUGGAAUGUGGGCAGAGCUUCGCUCAUAGUGGAAAUCUACAAUCACAUCUCAGGACUCACACUGGGGAGAAACCCUAUACAUGUCUGGAAUGUGGACAGAGCUUCACCCAAGGUGGAAAUCUACAAUCACAUCAAAGGACUCACACUGGGGAGAAACCCUAUACUUGUCUGGAAUGUGGACAGAGCUUCACUCAUAGUAGAAAUCUACAUUCACAUCAAAGGGUUCACACUGAGGAAAAACCAUAUAAAUGCCUGGAGUGUGGAAAGAACUUCACUCACAGUUCAAGUCUACGUCGGCAUCAAAGGACUCACACUGGGGAGAAACCCUAUACAUGUCUGGAGUGUGGACAGAGCUUCACUCAAAGUUCAAACCUACAGUCACAUCAAAGGACUCACACUGGGGAGAAACCCUAUAAAUGCCUGGAGUGUGGACAGAGCUUCACUCAGAGUGGAAGUCUACGUUCGCAUCAAAUGAUUCACACUGGGGAGAAACCCUAUAAAUGCAUGAAACAUGGACAGAGCUUCACUCAUAAUUCAAAUAAUUAUUAA